AGUUGUUUUUUGCAAGUUCCACUCCAUUUUCAACAAAGGAGUUUGUAAACUUCUGAGAUCUUCUUCACUAGUUUGUGAAGAAAGUCCAAGUGAUCUUGAAGAAGCUUACUUUCCAAAUAUUUCUCUAUUUCCUCACUAGAAUUGCUUCUAGGUUACAAGAGGAGAGAAGAUGAUAGUCCCAAAAAAGAAGCAACAAAGAUGCCUCGAUAUCAAGGAGAAUUGAACGAGAAUAUAUGGAGAUCAAUGUCAUACUUGAUUCUACAAUUUUCUAUUCCUACCCUUGUGCCAAGAUAUUUAAGCCCUCUAAUCUCCUUCUAAAUCAAUACCCGAAGCACUAUUCUGUCAUUUCACCCCUUGACCCUCUCUUCUUUAGCAUCAUUCAGUCUCUCCCUCUUCAUUACCUACAAUAACUUUCGUUGCAUAUUAUAUAACAUACAUUAACGUCGCCUUGUGUUUAUCUCUUUUUUAUCGAAACAAAGGGUAAGUAUGUCAUUUCAUAGAAGAAGACAACUAUUAGCCAACCAAACCCUCGGCAAACCAGCCACCAUCCAGAGUGACGGAUCUCAUGAUGAUGAUGGAGAUGAGCGCAUGAGGGGAGAGAAAGAGAAAGAGGAAGUGAAUGAGGGCAUGACAUGGUCCAUGAAUGUAUGGAAGAAACCUGGACAUGGUGUUCCGUGCAAGCAUGGCCUCACUCUAGGCCUCUGCCCCCAUUUAAACCAAAAUGGCGCCAAGUUUCGAGAGCCUCCACUGGUAUUGGUCAGAUGGGCAUCCCGAUAUCACCAUUCGCCGCCCAUUUGUCACCAAACCCAACACCGUCGGGCGUCGCCACCACUACUCUUUCCCUCCUCAUCUUUUUCUCUCUCUAUCCCCCUCACGCUUUCCUUCACUCAACUCCUCUGCAACUCCUGACGCAUCCCCGGCCUUUAGCUUCCACUUGGUUUCUCUCCACUGGUCAUCUUCCCUUCUCCAACCGCAUCCACACCCUUAUUACCUCCCAUGGCACCUUCACAGCUCCUGCAAAUUUCCCAUCCCACUCUUAUCUUUCUCCUCUACCUUUUCCUUUUCAUCUUCAUAAUCUUCUCCCCAUGGAUAGGAACAUCCCAGAACUAACCACAACCUCCGCCCUCUCUCAGAUCGCCACUGGAUCUGCUCGUUCUGUUCACGAAGAAAGGGCGAGGCUCGAAGAAGCUGGGAAAAAUCUCGAGUCGGCUAGUUCAGCGUCUUUACCCAUCUCCGGAGAUCAGCGGCUUCAGAAUCAAGAAGUUGAAGGAAACCCGAUCUUCCAAUUUGGGUUUCCUUCGGAUUGCAUUGAUUCUUCAAUGUUUCCGGCGAACCCUUUAGGGAUCGAAAAUUCCGGCCGGUUCGAUACUUUAGGACCGAGUACUGCUGGGGCUUAUUUUGGGGACACUGGAGUGGGGACUUCAUAUCCUCAGGAGCUGUUUCGCUCAUCAUCAUCGAGAUCGAAACUCCAGCAACAGCUCAUCAGAUGGCCUUCUUCGAUAACGAAGGCAGCGAGGAGUAAGAGAAGGAUAGCAAGGAAAAUGGGUUCUUCGAGCUCUUUCUCUUCUUCAUCAUCCCCUUCUCUGAACUUGACCCCUGAUACACCCACACCCAACGAUCCUAACAAAGUCGAAGAUGAAGAUAACAGAACCAUUACCACAUCUGAUAACAAGAAACUGAGAUUCUUGUUUCAGAAAGUACUGAAGAACAGCGAUGUUAGUUCCCUGGGAAGGAUCGUUCUCCCAAAGAAAGAUGCAGAGGCACAUCUCCCAAGUCUUACAGUGAAAGAAGGAAUCCAAAUGACAGUGAGAGAUGUCUCAUCCACCACUUUCUGGUGCAUGAGAUACAGAUUUUGGCCAAAUAACAACAGCAAAAUGUAUGUUUUAGAGAACACUGGAGAAUUUGUGAGGCAGAAUAGCCUUCAAGCUGGAGACAUGAUGAUGGUGUAUGAGGAGGAUGAAAACAAGGAGCUGUUCAUCUGUGGAAAGAAGGUAGAGCGCAGAACUCCUGCGAGGCCCGGAGUUCUAGUGAGCCGACCUCUAUACUACGCACCGCUGCUACACCAACAGCAGCCGCAACAACAACACUACCACCACCACUUCCACCACCACCAACAACAACAGCAAGAACACCACUACCACCACCAACAGCAGCAGCAGCAGCAGCAGCAGCAACUACAACAGCAACAACAACAGUUCUAUUACAUGCCUCAGAAUCAAAAUAGAGUCAUAAUUCGAGAUAACAUAGGUGGUAGUAGUACUGUAGGGGACUGCUCGUCAUCGUAUACCGCUGCUGCAGCUUCUUCUUCCUUCAGAACUACUACUUCUACUACACAACCACCACCACCACCACCAGCAGUAGCAGCGGGGGUGGAGGAACCUUCACUGUUCAACGACGCUACUGUAGGAUUAAGACAAGAAGAAGUUACUGGGGCUUAUAGUUUGCAAUUCACCGACUUCGAUGACAGUGUCUUCGGCGAACUUGAUAUGCUUCCCAACUUCAGGUCAUUAUACGAUGAUUACCUUGUUAAGGACGAUCCAGACGACGGUGGCAACGCUGACAAGAGUAAUACUGAUACAGCCCCAGCAAAAUGAAAUGGUGAAUUAUCUAUUUACUUUUUCCCCAUUUUUGGGACUUGGGACUAAAUUUUUUGUUUUUUUGACUUUUUGAUAGAAAUCUGAAUAUCUGAUCGAAUAUGUAAUAUGUAAGAGGCAUAGAAAUUAGAAAGACAAGAGAGAUUCUUUGUAUAUAUCUAACAAGAAUGUACAAAGUAAAUUUGAUAAAUGAAAAGAAAAAAAAGUGUAAACAUUACUGUGUAA